UCAAUGCGGUGUCCAACGCUGGUGGCGGUGGGGCAGAAAACAUGCAAUUGGAGACACGUGGGAGGUUGGGGGACGAACAGGAACAGUCCGAACCAAGUGGAGCGAUCGGUUCGGAUGACUUGAAAAUUUCAGAGUCAAAGAAAGCUGACGCGUGUCUAGACCGACUUGAGUUCCAAACAGCUUUCAGCAAGUCGGCCGCCCCCAGGCCGCCAGAACCGCCGGAACGGCCAGAACCGCCGGCACCGCCGCCACCUCUAAGAAGGCCUUGGAGCGGAACCAUUCCAGCGCAUUCCCGUCCACCAGAACCAGAUCGUCCUCCAGGUCAAUUUCACAUUCUUGACCCCAGGAAUAGACCUUGGAUGCAUGGAUGGGGCAUGCCUGCCCAUGGCGGAUUCAUCCCCAUGAAUUUCGGGAAUGAUUGGGAUUGGCGCUGGCGCGGUGAUGCUUUCAACGAAAUGGAAUGGCAAUGGAAUGCUUGGGAUUCUAGAUGGCCGCAAGAUUCACGAACAUGGCAGCCAGAUCCAGAUCCUUCCAGAGGGCAACCCAGAAGAGAGGAAGGUCCAACCCAGCAAGAAAUGAGGUUGACAAGGUUCAUGGAAAAGUUGGACAAAGACCUGAAGGAAGGGGUGCAGGACUUGAAGCAUGGCGAUGUUGAGACCCUGGCUCCUGUCAUGGUGUCAGCAACUUUAGAGCGAGCAGCUGGCGAAGGUUAUUUGGCCUUGGUCGAGACCGUGGAAACACUGUUCCUUGAGGAGGCUCCAGGAUCUCCAAAGAUGAUGCUGGACAUCCCGACCUUUGCAAGCUUGUUGGAGCGCUUAGUCCUUGAUCCUUCCUCAUACAGGCCGACGACUGUGCGCCUGCUAUUGAACUUGGCUUUGUCGGAGGACAGUCCUGUGCUGCCAUUGGUGCCAGAUUCUCUAUCAGAGCCUGAAGCACGAGCUAGCAUGCUGGGAGAUGUUGGGCCCGCGCGAGGGGACCAAGCGCAGCAAAGGAACAAGGAGCAGGACAAAGAGGAGUCCGAUAAGGAGGAAGGGUCAGUCAACGAAGAGGAUGUCAGUGGGCAAGAAUGGCCAGAAACACUUGUGCUUCGUGGGUGUGUUUGGCCUGAACUGAAUGGGAUUUUUGCGCGAACAAGGGACUUCGAUCAGCUCAGCCAGCAUCAACGUCCAGUAUACCAGAAAACAAUAUUGAUGGAUUCAAUCGAUUCGGCGGAGACUCGUGUUUUCUGUUUCUUUCAUGAAUUUGCAGGGAAAAAUCAAAGUCGCAGCGAAUCCGCCAACAAGAAACGAAAACUCAAUCAAAGUGAGAGUCAAAGAGGUUGGUGGAUUGGAACGCAAGUUGGAGGAAAAACUGGGUUGUUGGGCUUUUCCGGCAGCAAUGAGGAGUUGCCACCAGGACAGGAUUGGCGUCUGAAAUUGAAGGGGCAAAAAUAUUUUCAAGAGGAUCCUUGCGGUUUCGUAUCCCAAGAGGAUCUUUGCGUGGAAGCUUUGCAAAGAUUGGAUCUUCAGAGACUGCAUGGUCGGGUCUCUGGACCAGACGAUUCUGUCAAGUACUUUGGACAUUUCUGUGCGCUACUUCACCUAGAGUAUUUUGUAGAGAUCGCAGCAAUCAGAAGAAGGACCUCCAAACGAUCUGCUGAAGACUUGGCCAAAGGAGGAUGGGCUUUAGCUGGCCUUCACGCUCGCGAUAUUUUCAGCAAAGGCAAAGGCAAGGGAAAGGAUGGCAAAAAGGAUGGCAGAAAGGGUCAGAAAGGUGAGCAGAGUGGUAAAGGCAGCAAGGAUGGCUUUCAGAUCACGCUAGCAAUGCCUAGGUCGCCUAAAGUUGACGUAGAUCGCCUUCGUUUCAAGCGUGGAGACAGCGUGAUCUUGUCUGCAACGCAUCCGCUUAAAGACAGAGUUGGCGAAGGCCAGGUGCAAGAAAUCAAUGACGCAAUCAUUGUGAUAUCCAUCGAGGGGGCAGAAACUCCACUGGCAAAGGGAGGCACCUGGAGAGUUGACAAGGGCAGCAAUCGCAUCAGCUACACACGACAGUUGAGUUCGUUGGUUUCACUCUGCGGCCGCAAUGUGGCUCAAGUUGGUGAGGCUGCCAAGAUUUUUGAGCUCAUCACGCGAUCCAAGGUUGGUCAUCUUGAUUCUUGGACGGCACGGUGGUCAGAGAAAGAAAGUGCGCCCAAAAAAGCCUUGCCCAAACCAAGCCUGGCAGAAGGUGAUAAAGUUCGACUUUGCGGACUGAAGUCUGAAGAAUUGAACGGUCAAGAAGGUCGGAUAGUGUCAGUGAUUUGUAACACAGCGCGAUCAAAUGAGAAGGAUUCUGACCAGCGGGUCCACGUACAGUUGAAGGACUCAAUCAAGUCAGUUCGAGUGAUUAAUGUUGAGAAGGUGAACGAUGAGCUGAUGGUUGAGACUGGUGACAGCAAGAAAGUUAGCAAAGGCGACACCGGUGACAGCCAAUUCUCGAUUGCAUCCCUGGCUGGAGAGGCACUGCCAUGCAAUGAUGAGAAAUUGUCCACGUGCCGCGAUCAUUUGUCAUCUAUAUCUUGCACAGAAUCUCAAAAGCGUGCGAUUGGUGCCACCUUCGAACAACGGUGCACCAUCAUACAGGGGCCUCCUGGAACUGGUAAAACAACGACGGCUGUACAAGUUCUAAAGUAUUGGGCUCAAAUGGGGCUGAAACCUCUUUUGGCAGUGGCGGAUGGCAACAUCGCAGUUGACAACAUUGCUGCCGGACUGGCCAAGUAUGGAGAUGUAAAGACAGUUCGAGUGGGACGACCGGAGAAAAUUCGACCGGAGUUGGAGAAAAUCACUUUGGACAACCAGUGUAAAUUGUACAAGCAGCUGGCACAGGAGAAGAGACAAGCGGACCGGCGUGCUGCUGCAUUGGCAUCACUGGAAAAACUUUCAGUAGCAGACCUCAAAGCCAAGGCAGUCGACCUCAAAGCAAGCGUCGAUGCCCAGAACUUGUCAGUGGGUGUGUCCCACACUUCGGAGCCUAACGGUCCUGAAGCCGGCGGUGAAGGCCCCAAAGCUGCUGAUGUGCUUGACGACAUUCUCCAGGCUGUGAUCCAAGCAGAGGAAGCCAGCGACGCUGCAAAAAAGGCAGACGAACUCUCCAAGAGAUCUUCUGCAGAAGUUGAAGCAGACGAGAAGAGAGCCAGGCUGCAAGCUCGAAAGGAGGAUGCAGCCAUGCAAAUGCAGGUGCUGAAAGAUGCAGACAUAUUGUGCGCCCAGUUAAUCACAGCCGGUGGAAAUCUCUUCUCCAAGUUUGGUCCGUUCAAAGGCAUUCUCAUUGAUGAAAUUGCACAAGCAACAGAGCUGGUCUCCAUUGUUCCCAUUGUGCAGCGCUGUUGUGAGCGCUUGGUGUUGGCUGGGGAUCACUGUCAGCUUCCACCCACCGUGCAAUCACCAGAGGCUGAACGAAGAGGCCUUUCCUUGUCGCUAUAUGGGAGGCUAGUGAAGGAGGGUUUGGAACCCUACUUUUUGGACACUCAAUUCCGAUCUCAUCCGAAGCUCAUGGAAUGGGUUGCUGGGUCUAUCUAUGAAGGACGUCUGCAAAGUGGCAUUCUAGAGGAUGCACGUCCUUCUGUGGGUGGCUUUGAGUGGCCCAAGAAGAAGGUUCCAGUAGCCUUCGUUGAAAUGGGACGGUGGGCUGGUGAGUCUGUGGAGUAUGAAUCAAAGAUGAACCAUGCGGAAGCUGAACGCGUUAUCUCAAUUAUUGAGUCGGUUCUUGAUGCCGGAUGCUCUGCUGAUCAAGUCGGUAUCAUCACACCUUAUAUGGCACAAGUUCGGCUAUUGCGGAUGCUGUGGCGGACACGUUGCCAGGAGAAGAUGAGCCGGAAAAAAGCCAAAAAGAGCCUGAACCAACUGCGUGAACUGGAAAUUGCAAGCGUGGACAACUUUCAGGGCCGGGAGAAAGAGCUGAUUGUUUUUUCAGCGGUCAGGAACAAUGCAGCAGGACGGGUAGGCUUUCUGGCUGAUUGGCGGCGGCUCAACGUGAUGCUGACGCGUGCUCGGCGCGGGCUCAUUGUAGUCGGUAAUGCGCACACCUUGUGCAAGGAUCCAUACUGGCAAAAAUGGUUGGAGUGGUGCCGAGCUCAUGGUGUGGUUGUUGACAAGCAGGCUUGGCAUGCAGUGGUUCGUGCAGCCAAGAAUUUAGCUUCGAGCAAGCGCAUCAAGUCCCUCGUUCAUCAGUUGUUCGAUUUUGAGCAGGCGCCGCAGAAGGAGAAGGCCUUUCGUAAGUUUGCAAAGGAAAAACUUGCGGACAACCUUCAGGGGCCAGAUGACCUGGAUUUGCUUUGGGAAGCGGUGUCUGGUGGCCUGCAAGAGGUCGCAGCCGCAACAGCCCUGCGAUCGCAGGAAGAAGAAUGGAUGAAAGCAGUGACAGCGGUAGCAACAGCUAAACUGGAUGAGAUUCCAUCUUUGGAAGACAAGGAGCUCGGGAAGCCUGACCCGAGUCUGCGCAGCUGCUGGAGAAGUUGGACUUUUGUUGCACAGGAAAUCCUUUGGGCACAAGAUCCUGGUCAAGUGUGGAGCUGGAAGGAGCUCCGGGCCAAGAUGAUGGAUUACUACAAAGCCCAUUUGGCGGCCUUCUCUGAGACAGACGAUCGCCCGAACAAGCAGAUCUUCAAAGAAAUGCGAGAGUCGCUUCCAAGAGAAUGGUUCGAGGAUUCUGAAAACUUGCAGGUGCGCUUGUCACCUGCUGAACAUCAGCAGGCGGCUAGACAAGUUUGGAAAGCAAAUCGUGAAGAUGGAAUUCGUAAAUUUCAACGCCGCGUUGUGCCCUGGGCAGAGCCAGCCAAAACCGAUACACAAGAAGAUAAAGUGGAGCUUGGAAACCAGAUAAGCAACAGUGACGGCAAAGCCAUGCCAAAGCUCAAGACGCGCAAGAGGACAAGAAGUGCCAAAAAAGCAGAUGGAGGAGGAGCCGCAGCUGCAAAGUCUGCUGCAUCAUGUGAGUCACCAAAGCGAAAGGCGGCAAAAAAAGGAAAAUUUCGCUGGGCAUGCCACAGAUGUUAG